AUGUCUUCAUCUCAGCCAGGAGCUCGCGGCGACGGACAGAUUCGUCCCGCAGAUGAAGUGGAGGUAGAUCACGGGUACGACACCGAGGACUCGGGCUUCGAGCAGGAUUCUGUCUUGACCCAGUCCGUGCGGUCGAGUAUCUAUCAGUACAAGGUCGAAAACGGGCGGACAUACCACGCGUACAAAGAGGGCCAGUACUUCAUGCCCAACGAUUCGGCCGAGCACGAACGACUCGAGUUGCAACACCGCGCAAUGUUCCUCGCUGCCGGUGGCCAGCUCUUCUACGCCCCCGUCGGCGAGCUUCAUCAUGUCUUGGAUCUCGGCACCGGCAUCGGGACAUGGGCCGUUGAAGUGGCCGACGCCCACCCCGAGGCCGUGGUCAUAGGUGUAGACUUGAGCCCAAUUCAGCCGUCGCUCGCUCCGCCAAACACCAAGUGGGAGAUUGACGAUGUCGAGGACGACUGGACAUGGCCGACAGACCACUUCGAUCUCAUCUACAGUCAAUUCAUGCUGAGCGGGAGUAUUGCCGAUUUUCCCAAGUACUUUCGCCAGGCUUUUAGACAUUGCAGGCCGGGCGGCUACUUUGAGCUGCGCGACCUGGCCACGUACUUGCGGAGCGACCACGUUCCAAUCAGAGAAGACAGCGCCGUCGACGAGUGGUGUCGUCUGAUGAGAGAGGGCAUCACCGGCAUGGGGCGCAGGCUUGAUCUGGAUUUCGAGCAGCUCGGUGAUUCGAUGCGAGAAGUCGGCUUCGUCGAGGUGGUUGUACGUCCGUUCAAGAUCCCCAUCGGUCGGUGGCCCUCCGAUCCAAAGUUGAAAGAAGCCGGACUGUUUCAGCUGUACGCCAUGUUGGAGGGCGUUGAGGCGCUGACAUUGGCCAUCUUCACCCGCUGCCUCAAUUGGGAGCCGGAACGUGUCCAGGUCUUCCUUGCUGAUGUACGCAAGGAGUUCAAAGCCACAAAACGCUAUACUUACUGGCCGUGGUAA